AUGGCUUCGCACACACAACCCAAUAGACCCAGCUCCAUCAUGAGCCCAAAACCUACUACAAUCGAUUUAGUCGGCGGAAUCUACUGUAACAUAUGUAACUUGAUAUACGCAAAUAAGAAGGACUACGACCAGCAUUACACUAAACACGAGACUGGCAGCAAGGACAUAGUUUACACGUGCGUGGUGUGUAGGAAAGAAAUCUCAGGCUAUCCGAGCUUUCGUGGUCAUUGUUACACAAGUCAUGUCAUCAAAGAGAGAUUUAAAUGCGAACACUGUUCAAAAUUAUUUUCAAAGUUUGCUUCACUUCGGGAACAUGUCAUGGUAAUGCAUAGAUUCAGAUGCAACACUUGCAAGAAAGAAUUUACAUCAAAAAAAGAAUUGAAAUUGCAUGAAAUUAUUCACAAUGACAACGACAGCCCGCCCUAUGAAUGUAAAGCUUGCGGCGAGGAGUUAGACACUCUAGAAGAUUGCAAGAAUCAUAUAGACAUACAUUCAGCAUUCAUAUACUUCUGCCCCAUAUGUAAUGAAAAUAUAUCAAAUAAAGAAAACUCCAGCGAGCAUUUGAAAAAACAUUUCGGACAUGUGAUCAAUACAAGUACUUUUGAAAUACAAAAAAGUUUGGACAAAGAGGAAAAUUCAGUUGAGAGAUUGGGUGGGAUUUCAUGUAGUUAUUGCACCGAGACAUACAAAAACCGUAUGGAGUUUGAUGCUCACUUCUCAUGUGACCACGGAGACAAAGAUAUCAUAUACAGCUGUAUUGUGUGUGCAAAGCAGUUUGAAAAGUAUUCAGUAUUUAGUCAUCAUGCUUACAAUCACUUCACCAAAGGAAGAUUUUGUUGUGACAUAUGCCUCAAGACAUUCAACCGCCUCUCGCUACUGGUGACUCACACGGCCGCCUGCCAGACCGACGCCGAAUGUAAGGGCAAGCCGUUCACUUGCUAUCAGUGUGGACACCGAUAUGUAACAGAGAUGAGGCUCAGGGAACAUUUGAGGGAUAUACACGGUGUACACUGUGUAAUAUGUCCAGAGGAGGGCUGUCAGGAAGUAUUUUCCACACCAAAAGAAUUGGUAUUCCACCAACGUGAGCACCAAUCAAACCGCAACUGGUGUCGCCAAUGUGGCCUGCUGUUUACUGGCCUACCCUCCUGCGAACGACAUCUCGACGUUCAUAAGAAGAAGCUCUACGUGUGUCCCGUCUGCAACAAAAACUACAGCGAGAAACAUCUCAUACAGAAACAUAUCUCACAACACUUUGAAACUGUUCUGCACAUAUGCAAAGUGUGCGGGAAGGUCUACAACGCCAAGAAUCGUCUGAUCGAACAUUUCAAGUCGCACUCCGAGAACAAAACACACAGUUGCACCUACUGCGACAAGAGUUUCGUGAAAAUUGGCCAACUGCAGCAACAUCUUAACAUACAUACGGGCUCGAAGCCUUACAAGUGUCCCGUCUGCUCGAAAACCUUCGCGAGCUAUCCCAACUGGCAUAAACACUUGCGUCGAAUGCACAACAGCGAUGGAAAAAAUUAUAAGAAACAAGAUUUGGACAACGAAGAUGAAAAUAUUGACGAUGAAAACGUAGAUGAAUAUCAUGUUGAUAUAAAUGUAGUGAAAACAGACGCGUCUCAAGAAGAUAAGCACACACAUCCCAAGUUAAACGUGGAACCAAAUGGUGACAAGGAAUCGAAAUUGGAUACAUAUAUUUACUACGAACCGAACGACAGCGCCAUGGAGGACAGUAUCGACCACACAGUGAUAGAAAAGGAGUUGGAAAUAUUCGAGAACACUAACGACGAGGGCAUCGGAAACAUCACGAAGUUUGUCAACGUAUUGGCCACUAAUACGGUGUACAGUGGCGAGAGUUCCGAGUCAUCGGCAGCCAGCGCCUUCCCCGCCGAGUACGGGCCGGAGUUCAGCGGGGUCAUCGACCUGGACGACCACAUGUUGCCUCACAUCGACCCGCUGCUCAUCAACAGCCAGCCGCCGCCGGCCUACGAUCAGUUGGCCGACUCGUUAGUCGACCAGUUGGCCGACUACACCGACAACUUCGCCGAAGCCUACGCCCCUCCAAAAUGGGAACCGAUAAUCACCAAGGUGUACCAGGACUACUCCUACGGUUACGGAGAAAUGGUCGAGUCCAACCGACUGUCCAUAAUGAACACAGAUAUAUUUUGA